AUGCAUUCGGUCCAGGCAGGGAUGUGGGACCCCCGGCCCCCAUCUAAACAUGCCUCACCCCACCCAGUACCACCCCCCUCCAACUUACGCCUCGCCAGAGCCACGCCGGCAAAGCGGAUCACCUUCUACAGAAGCGGCGACAGCCAGUUUGGGGGUGUCAGGAUGGCUAUCCACAAGCGCAGCUUCAAAUGCUUUGACGCCCUGCUGGACGACCUUUCCCAAAAGGUUCCCCUGCCAUUUGGUGUGCGGACUGUAACCACCCCCCGUGGUACCAACACCAUCAGACACCUGGAGCAGCUCCAGGAUGGCGGCUGCUACCUGUGCUCUGACCGGCGGCACGCUAAGCCAAUCAACAUGGAACUGGCCAGCAAACGCCCGAGCAUCUGGUACCAUCACAGCCGGAGGCCCCAGCGGCCUGAGACCUCAUCCGCAACACCACCCGGACAUUUUCCUUACAGGCAGCGACGGAUUCUACUGGUGAAGAACAGCGAGCCAGGGAUGAGGAGGAGCGUGGUGUUGGGUAGGAGGACCAGGAGCCUGAGGGCCUUUCUGGAUGAAGUGUCCGAGGUGAUGCAGUUUCAUGUCCGCAAGCUCUACACUGCAGAGGGACGCAGGAUUGACAGUGUGCAGAGCCUGAUUACGUGCCCUGGUGUCUUAGUAUGUGUUGGCCGAGAACCAUUUAGUCCAAUGCUGGUAAACUUUAUCAAAAAGAGCUCAGAGGAAAAACUGCCUGGUCUGGGCAGCAGGUCCCCUGGUCUUGGCCCCAGGACUCCUGGAAAUGGGGCCCGAUCUCCUGCUGCACAAGGGGCAAGAUCUCCACCUCAUGGAGGUCAAUCCAGAGCUAGUGAGUACAGUGAAGGACAUGAAAGCAAGAAAAAUGUUAACUUUGGUCUGGAAACCAAAAAGAGCAUCAUCCACCCUCGUUCUGAUUCCUCAAACCGCUCCACCCGUUUUUCUUUGUCUUCAGAGAAAUCAUACAGCAAUGGGAUCAGUACCUGCUCCCAGGCCAGACCAGCUAUAAUGAAUGAUGACAUUGAAAAGCGUGUGCUUGUCAAUAAAGAUGGCAGCCUCUCAGUAGAGAUGAGGGUUCGUUUUCGUCUCCACAAUGAUGAGACCAUACAAUGGUCCACACAGAUUAAAAAAUCCCCAUCUCUGAGCAAUGAAUGUUGCCCCCUGAGCCAGGUCCAGCCCCAUUACCUGCAGCAGGGCCAAUCAGAAAGCUGUUCUGACCCCGAUUCCAUGUUAUUUGAUCCAGAGGGUGUGGAUUAUUCCAACCAACCUCUGCAGCAUGCAUUGGAAGCAAAUCACUGCCCCUGCUGCUACCAGAGACAGGAACAGCAGUACGAUUUAUGGGAAAAUCCAGCACACAGCCACAAACAGCCUCUUGUCCCGCCCCCGCAUCCACGUACUUCUAGCCACACCCGCACUAUGAUGAGACAUACACACUCCUCUAGCUCUUCUUCAUCAUGUAAUUCCAGGAGAGUUGUGCGCUGCCGAGCAAAGCUCUCCAGCUGUGGAGGAGGCUUAGGUUCAGAGCAGAGCCAGCUGGUCCAGGAGGAGAUGUGUGUGACAGAGCAGGUUGAGCGCAGAGUAGAGGUGGAGCAGGAUGGAGAGACCCAUGUAGAGGUAUGCAGGGUGAGCCGGUGCUGCAGCCGCAGUGAAGUAAUUGCUAUGGAUAGCAACACACGACCGCUCAGCAGCAGGUCAGUCGAGGAUGAGCUACUGAUGGAGGAAGAGGGGGGCCGUCCGAUGUCUGCAGUCAGCAGCUCCUCACAUGUCCUGCAAUCACUGAAAGAGGAUCAGGAUGAUGAGGAUGAUGAUCUGCCACCCAGCGCCUCACAGUGCUGUCAUAGCAAUGAAUCAUCACCAUCUCCAACCUCUGAGCGUCACCUGAUCGACAAGCCAAAAAGCAAUGUCUCAGCAGGUUCCAUCAACUGUAUAGAACAUAAGAAGCACAAGGAUGGUGAAGAGAGAAGAAGCAGGGCCGUAUCUGCAGCUUCUUCCUGUCAGUGUGGAGCAGUCACCCCACACUCAACAGCUGAAGCAGAGGAGAUUGAUCAAGCUCUCAGCUCCAAGUCCAAAAUGAGCAGGGCCUCUUGCAGGUCAAGCAAAGCCAAGACCCCUCACUCAGAGGAAGAGGGAUCAGCGGAUGAUGAGGAUGAAGAGAUAAAGAGGGAUGUUAGUGUCUUGUCUGGUCACACAGGACUUUCGGCAGGCUCUCAGAAGUCAGGGGAAUCUAGUGUGUGCCCUAAUUGUGGGGGCUGCAAGCGUCGGAGAACUCCCAGCGCCAUGUCAGCUCAGUCCAACCUGUCUGUUAAGUCCAAAAAGUCUCACAAGUCCAACUGUAAGAAUGCUGUAGAUAGAGCAAUCAGCUCCUUGUCAGCCAAAUCUGGUGUUUCUGCAAAGACCAGUGCUUCAGUCAAGUCUCAUAAGUCCAACUGUCCAUUAAGUACUAAAAUUGCUGUGGAAGACGAUGACAUAAAUAAAAGAGCUCCCAGUAGCCUUUCUGUUAAAUCUAAUGCUUCUGCCAAAUCUGGCAGGGCAGAAAGCCCUGAUAGUGCCCUGUCAGUAAAAUCAACUAAAUCAAAUGUUACAGCAAAGUCCAGCACUUCUCAUAGGUCCGCUUGCAGCCACUGUGCAAAAGCAGUAUCUCCAGGUGCCAAGAUAGCUGAUGAACCCAUCAAAGCAACAGAACAGGUGGAAGAAACAGAGGGGGAAGAGAGAGCAGCGAGUGACAUGUCAGACAAGUCAAAUCUGUCUUUCAAGUCUAACAAAUCCCCUAAGUCCACCAAAGCUUUAGAGAGGUCACUUUCUCCCAGCUCAGAAGCUGAAGGAGAUGGAGAAGAAAGACCAGCAACUCAAAUGUCUGCCGGAUCAGUUCAUUCUAACAUGUCUGUUAAGUCUUCAAAGUCAUACAAGUCUAACUUUAAUGGCAAUGAAACUGUGGCAUCUCCUAGCUUAAAAAUAGAAGAAGAGGCUGAGGAAAAAGAAAAUGAGCAGAGGCCAGAAAGUGCAAUAUCUGCCAAAUUGGAAAAAGAAGAAAGAGCAGCCAGUGCCAGGUCCAGUAGGUCUCAUAAAUCUAACUGUAAUGGCAACACAGGAGCAAGUUCUAUAAGACAAGACAAUACAGAAGAUGUUGAAAAUGCUAAGGACUGGGCUGCCAGCACAUUAUGUGGUAAAUCAGCUUCCUCUCCAAAUUCUCAACAUUCAAAUACAGAUGUGGAUGGCAUGGUGAACAGAACCCCCAGUGCGAUGUCAGGCAAAUCACACACUUCUUCCAAGUCCUCCAAGUUCCAGAAGUCAGACCACAGUGCAGCAUCUACAAACAAAGAUGAGAAGCAAAAUGAAAGUCAAGAGCGGGUUGCUAGUGCCAUGUCUGUACAGUCAAAAUCUUCAGUGAGAUCCAGUACUUCUCACAAGUCAAAUCCUAGCAAGAAUCUCAAAUCAGUGUCACCAGGUCCAAAUGUUGUUACCAAUAACACAUCAGAAGGAGUUGAUGAAGAAGGAAAUGAGGCAACAGAGAGAGCACCAAGCACUGCAUCAGCCAAAUCAGAAAAAUCUAAUGUUUCACCCAAUCAUAGUGGAACAGCUGUUAUUGAAACAGAAGAUGCAGAUGAAAAGAUUGUGGAAGACAGUGCUCCAAGAAGUAAAUCCUCUGAAUGUUCUCUUGGCCAAACACUCUCGCCCAAAACGACACGUUCCCCAAGGACCCGCUCACCUAAAGUUCCAGCUGCAUCCCCCAGCAGUCCUCAAUCCUCUGUGCAAAAAUUGUUGCCUGGCCCCAGUGUUAGAGAGACAAGAGGGCCCAGUGCCUUAUCGGUUCACUCCACAACCUCUGCUAAAUCUGGCAGGUCCAAAUGUCACUGUGGAGCAGCUUCAGCACUUGAAAAGGAGGGGGAGGAUAAGGAAGAGGCUUCUGAGAAGGCUGCUAGCAUCUUAUCUUCCUCUUCCAAAAGACAGAGGAAGGAAUCAGGAGGCACUGAACAACCACUGAGUCGACAGUCUUCAGGGUCAGUCUCUCUUGGGUUGCCAGAAGACCAAGAAACAGCUGACUCAGACAGUCGCAAGUCCACUGUUUCGUUUCACACAAACACUGACAGUAAGAGUCGAAAUAAUGGCAAUAAAAGCACUUUGUCUCAAAAUCUUCCAGCGGUUGAUAUCCCCACCAUUGAAACUCCAAGAGGUGGUGAAGAUGAAGAAAGUGGAGGGCAGAAAACAGAAAGAGCAGCCAGUGCAUUGUCAGCCAAAACCAGCAGGUCUCACAAGUCCUCUUGUAACUGUAGUUUCAAAGCAGCAGCUCAUAUGCUUGACAGUAAGCCUAAAGAGCAGCAUGCUAGUGUAGGCCCAACAGGAAAUGACCUUGAAACAGAAAGUGUUAAGUCUGCUUCAACAUCAAAAGCUAGCAAUCUGGAUGCCCCCGACAACAGAACCUCAUCUGCAAUCUCAUCAGCAAGUGCUAAAGUUCGAAAAAAAUCCCCUGCAAAUUCAGCAAAUAAUUACAAUGAAAACCAGAACAUCAGUAGGCCCGCUAGUGAGGCCAAAGGGAAAGAAGAUAUUUCAGAAGACAAGAAAGCCAGUGUUCACUCCAAGAGUCCAUGUUGUCUCAGGCCUGAGUCUGCAUUUUCGGCUCAAUCAGGAUCAAAAAUGAAAGCUUCAAAGCAAAGUAAAGGAGAAGAUUCAGUCAAAUCAGACAAUCUGACUUCAGUCAAAGGUCAAAAGGCCAAAUCUAAUGUGGGAAGUGAUUGUGGCAGUUUCAAAACAUCCAGUUCUCAAAAGAAAGAAGCACUUAUCAAACCCUCUAACCCCUGUCCCUUACACAGCUCCAGACUAUGCAGCAAAGUGGACACAUGUAGCGAAAGCACUCUGCUUCACUCUCUGUCUGCUGCUGACCUGCUUAAGGAAACCAUAGCUACAUGUCCACACAGCCGACAGUCGAAGGCCAGCAAAUCCAGCGACAAGACUAGGAGUGAGAAAAGUGCAAGGUGUCAGAGAAUCAGGAACCAGAAGGAUAUGAAGGAUGAGCAAGAACUGACGCCUGCCUGUCUACCCAAUGCUUCCCCUAAUGAGGUUGUUAGCGAUUGGCUGCGAAGCAUCCCUGCUAAUAGCAGCAUGCUGGCACUUGGCGAAGAGCUAAACGAGAGUGAGCAGAAGGACCUGGAAGAUAAACCUGGAGAAGAGGUAGGAAAGGAGGGGGAGAGUCCUGAAGAUGAGAAUGUGGACAAGGAGGAGAAAACUGAGGCUGAAGAGGGAAAGAGUUCAGAUCCAGCCCCAAAUGAUGCAGUGGGGACUUCUUCUCACCCCAACACUCUUUUGUUGAGUGGUAAUUCUCAGCCAAGGAACUGGCACUCUUCAGUAGCUGUGAUGAAAGUUCUUCUGAGCUCUUCUCUGGGUCGAUGCCGGAGCAUGCCGGAGGUGUCUCCAGUUUAUGGUCGGAGACUGAGUACAUCAGCUAGAGGGCUCUUGGACUGUUUGGCCCAGCUCCAGCUCAUUGAGCCCGCAGUGAGCCCUGGCUGUGACCAACAGAAAGACCGCAACCAGCAGUAUGAAGAUAUUAUGGGCAUCCUUCAAUCCCUCUGGCUCACUGAACCCAGGCAAAGUGAGACCAAGAAGGUCAAGGAUGUUGGCAAAGAGCAGGUGACACCUCCGAGGUCCUCAUCUGGGGUGGAUAUGAGCAGUGGCUCUGGUGGAUCAGGAAAGGAGAAUGGAAAUCAAGGUGGAGAUGAAACACCUGCAAAGGAGACAGAAUCUUUACAUGAGGAUGAGGGAGCAGAAAAGGUUGUAAAAGAGGAUGAGGAAAGGAAUGCAGAGGCAGGAGAUAAGGAAAUUGAGGCAGAACCAGAGGAGACAACCACAGAGCAAGAAACAACGGACAUAGCAGAGGAACAGUUGCAGGGUGAAGAACAAAGUACAGUCCCUCCAAGUCUGGACAGUCCAAAAGCCACUGAGAACCCAUCAUCGUCGGACAAGAGCUCUGGCAACGACAGCUCCAAGUCCCCCACUGAUAAUGAGCAAGAGACAUUGGAGGACUCCAGUUCAAGCACACCCCCGACUGUCCUGCGAGCACCCUUGUCCAAAAGACUAUCUCAAGACCCUGAUCCAGUUUGGGUCUUGCACCUAUUGAAGAAGCUGGAAAAACAGUUCAUAAACCACUAUAUUAACGCUAUGGCAGAAUUUAAGGUUCGCUGGGACCUUGACGACAGCCUAGUCCUGGACACAAUGAUCUCUGAGCUCAGGGACGAGGUGAGUCGGCGCAUCCAGAGCAGUGUCGAACGUGAGAUGAGGAAGAUUCAGAGUCGAGCUGGCAGAGGGGGGAGGAUCCCCCGGCCGCCACAAGGAGGGAACCUCUCCAGGGAGUCCACCAUGACAGAGAAGAGGCGUCAAAUGUUAAAGGUCAUGAAGAACCAAUCAGUGAAAACCGCUGACUCUCUCAGCGAUGGAGAGAUGACAGGUGACUUCAGCGACCAGCGAAGCGACGAUGAGUACUGCCCCUGCGAUGCUUGUGUCCGCAAGAAAAUGGCCGCCCGGCCUCUCAAAAUCAACCCAAUGGCAGCCGAAGCACCAGUGAUGAUGGAGUUUGACCUCCUUAAGAUACUUCAGCUGAAGAAAAGCCCAUUGCCUGCAACUGCAGCCAAGCCCCAAUCCGUAGACGUGGAGGGUGACAUAGUGAUCUCAGAUGAGGAGGGGAGGAAUUUAGAGGUAGUGCGGGAGGAAGAGGAGGAAGAUGAAACUAAAGAGGAUAUUAAAGCUGAAGUUGUUUUAGAGGAGACAAUCCCAGAGGAGGGAGAGGAGAUAGGACAAGAAGAAGAUUGGGUUGAGGCAGGAGAGGAAGAGGAGAUAGAAGCUGAAAAGGAAGAAAAUGGUGUAGGUGAGGAGGUGCUGGAAGAGGGACAGACAGGUGGUGAGGAAACUGGAGAGGAGGAGGCAUCAUAUGCCAGAAAUGAGGAGGAGAGUGACAAGGCAAAAGAGGAAGAAGAGGCUGAGGAAACUAGCGACAACACAGGUGAGGAUAAAUCAGCAGAUGAUGAAGAGACAGGAGGGGAGGAAGAGCGGGAGAACGUAGACGAUGAAGAAGAGACAGGAGAAAAUGAGACACUAGACAACGAGGGCGAGACAGGAACUGGGGAAGAGGACAGUGACAACGAGACAGUUAGAGACGCAACAGCAGGUGAAGGAGAGAUCAUUGAAAAUGGUGAGAAGGAGGAGGCAGAGGUGCAAGAGUGUGAGGUGUCUGAUUUUAAGCCCGAGGAAGAAGAAACGACAGGCAGGAACCAUGGAAAAGAAGAGGAGAUAGGGGAGAUAGACGAUGACACUGCUGGAAGAAAUGCGGCAAAUGAAGAAUCGACGCUGGUAGAGGAGUUUGUGGAGGGAAACGUCAGUGCAUCGACAGAGGCGGAGGAUGAGGAUGAUGGGAAUGAUGCCACCGGAGAGGGGGAGUCACAUGAGGAUGGAAAGGGAAGAAAAAGUGAGGAGCAGGAAAUGGAGUCAGCUGAGGAGGAAACAGCCUCGCCACAGGACCAGGGGGCGGCUCCAGCUGUCUGUGUGACUGAGGGAGAGGAGGCAGACGCCGAAGACUCGGACACCGACAACAAACAUCCAAGUGACACCAGUGCAGACGAAUCGGGACGCGACGGUGCUGGAACCCCAGGAGACGAGGAGAUAGAGGGAGGGAGAGAUGGAGUUGAGGAGGAGGUUGUGGGGGAUGCUGUGGAGGAGUUCAAGCCUGAGGAAGAGGAUGAGGAGGCGGUGAACAGCAACAAAAGGGUAGUUGGUGCUCUCCUGCAUCAGUUCACCAGGACCUCUGUGGAGUGUCAGCUCGGCUCCUUGGAGGACAUUGACAUGGAUUCGCGCCUGAACCCUGUAAGCUCCGUUGAAGUGCCCAAAACGGGUGUAUCCACUGGUGGUGGUACAAGCCAGAGAAGGAGCCGGUCGGCAGCCAGGGAUAAACGGCGCAAACCCAAGGAGAGUGACGUCGAACUGGAUAACUUUUAA